AUGAAGUCUGUCCUGACAUUCCUCGUUACUUUUCUAGCUCUGACUGUCAGCAGCUAUGGGUUUCAGUUUCUGGCUCCGAGACCACCGGCGUCCUACAGAGUUAGCAGUGGAAGAACGUUUCUUCUUCAAAUGGGGCUCUUCGAUGGCAUCGCCAAGGCAUUUCAGAACGAGGAGUUCGCAGCUCCACCGGAAGGUAUCAAGGCAACCGCACGGCACAUUUUGUGCAAAUCCAAAGAUGACGCCGACAUGGUCCUGGACAAGAUCAACCAAGGUGGUUCCUUUGCGAGUCUGGCCAGCGAAUACUCUUCCUGUCCCUCCAAGAGUCAAGGCGGGUCCUUGGGAAGUUUUAGACCAGGAGUUAUGGUACCAGAGUUUGAUAAAGUGAUUUUCGAUCCAGAAACGGAACUGAAUCAAGUAGUGGGACCCGUCGCGACACCGUUUGGAUACCACCUGAUCCUUGUGGAAAAACGAACAGGCGUUUAGCAACCAUGCAAUAUAAAGGCUUGGUGCAACCAGAACAAUUCAUUCCCAGAUAAUGCUGUCUGGACUACUAGCUAGCUAGAUUGUGGGUUCUUCAGCUUUUAUAAAUCCACAGAAUAGACGAGUGAGCUUGCGAACAAUCUACGUAUUGCUGCUGCUGAUGUCACAAUCUGCUACCAUAUGCAUAGAAUCGAAUCUUAUUUUUGUAGCUUGCGGAAUAUCAUUGGUAGC